GAACAAAAGUUGGGCUUUGGGGCUUUUCUCCUGCUUAAAGUAAAGCUCUUUUGUCAAAUAAGUACUUUGAGCAUUAAUUCGGUAACCUUCCCGGAGGCACGAUUAAUAGUUUCACGCGGUUUGGCAUAAAUUCCUCCUCCCUUCCCGGCGCUGUUGGCCGAACUUCUGCUGUACCUGUCCCUGAGGGGUCCCUGGUUCCACCCAAGGGCCCACACCUUUGCAAUUCCCCGUUUUCCUGUUUGUCUGGAGAAAGGCACCCGUGAACUUCGAGGUUUAUAAAUUCAGUUCUUUGUGGUGUUUCCUGAGUGCUGCAGCAUUUUAAAACGGGAGGGAGUAGUGGGUUGUUGUGAGUUCGAGGAAAAGUUUGGAUUGAAGUUAAGAUACCUAAGUGUUCCUGAAGUGUGGUUACUAACAUGCCUAAUUCAACAGGCUGUCUCAUCUGAGAAGUGCUGGUGCAGAUUUUUUGCCUUGUAGUUAGUCCUCACAGUACUUUGUUUUUAGCAUGUGAUGUGUGUGUUAAAUUUUAAUCUGUGUUCUGUGGUUUUUUUUUAAUUGUUUUUUGUAGAGAGAUGGUGCUGGGUUAUAGGUGUACAGUAUCUGGGAUAAUGUAGCUUUGCAAAUCGAAUCUCUUAGGGCCUUCAUUUGAACUAAGUUUUGCAGGAUUGCCAAAGUUGAAUGUCGACUGUAGUACUUUCUUUUUUAUUUUUUUCCAUUUUAAAUCCCCCACAGUAAAUACACUGCAGCCAACUGCACAAUAACUUCCCUUGUGUUUUCCUGCCAGUGAUCCUCAGCUCUGCCCCAGAGGAAACACCUUCCAGAAGCAACAUGGGAUUCAUUUAGCUUGCCCUUUAAGGCCGGGGGGGAAAAAAAUGCAAGUUACAACAAUAAUUUUUAUGUUUUGGCCACUUGCUUGUUAGAGCUUGUGAGCAAUUUUUUUUUCUAAAUUCGACAAACAUUUACAAUGAAAGCAGCAGUCCUAGGGUAGGCUCAGUUAAAACAAAGGUCUGAUGAUGAUAGGCCAUGUGUUAUGUUGGCAGAAGAAAUUUAGAUUACUUGUUGUAGAAACUUCUGCAAGUAAGUUUUGCAGCAGAAUAUUGUUUAUUCCCAGCAUUAUCUUUCUCUGAUAAUUCAAAAUGAUUCUGCCCUGAUCCUGUCUCUGGUAACUCCUUGGACUUGGCUGGCUGUUGUUCUGUUUUACAAAUGUUCAGGUACCUGAGCUAGUGUGGGGGCUCUGUUUUGUGAGGCACUUAAAUGAGCGAUAAAGCAGCACUUUCUGUCUCAAAGGGCUGAUGGAUGAGGCAAAAGAGGGAUAUAAGAGAUGGGAAUCUUGGAAGGAAAAGAUUACAAGCUUUUUGUGGUGGAAGUUGUCAUCAGUUGUGUUUUCUGCCAUUAAGUUGAAUUCCAAUCCCCUGCCUUGGUUACAAAAGCACUUUCUGUGUGUCUGUCAGAAAAUUGAGAGGGGAGACUUAAGUAAGACAUCACUGCAUUCAAAUUUGCAAAAUUCCCAUUUUUGGGUCCUGGCUCAUCUGUUUUCUGAUCCUGCUGCCCUCUCUGAGUUUGAUAUCUCAGCAAGCUGCUGUGAAAACCAGGCCAGUCCAACAUCUAGAAAGUGUUUGCAUUUUAAAACACUGGGGAGCUGGUUGGCAGUCUGUGAGUAUGUGUGGGGUGAAGAAUGGCAACAAACAGAUUGGGAAGGUAUCUAGAGACAUCACCUUGUCCAGCCCUGUUGCCUGUACCCUAAGAUUACUUGAUAUGCUGAAUAAAUAUUUCACUGGAGGAUCAUGUAGCACUUCAGUACCAGGCUGAAUGACUUGUUGAUAACAUCCUUCUGUGACAGGAUAUUUAUGUACCCAGUUACACUCCAUAACCACCCUAGCUGCACUUUCUCCUCUUCACAUCCAAAGCAAUUUAAAGGAGUAUUUUCUUUAAAAUCUAUGUUCUCUGGAAUUAGAGCUGGCCUAUCUCUGCUUGGGUGCAAGGGUUUCUGAGAGUAUGAAAAGAAAGCAGUCCUUCAGGCAGGUGAGAUGUUUGCUUGUCUGAGAGGUGUGAGGAUUCCUUGGAGCUCUUUGCCUUUACAAUUCUACAAGACCAAAGUGAUACUACCCCGUGUACACCCAGAAAAAGUAAAGGUUUUCAUGCUGUAUAAAAGUUCAUAAUGCAUAAAACCAAUGUUUAUUUAUGUUUAUCUUGUACAGUCCCUUAAUUAUGCUGUUCUGUUUGAUGACUUGCCCCACCCUUAGUUUUUCUCUACUUCAGUUCUGAUGUGUCACAGAGUUACUGUGAAGAAGAACAUUUAAGAUAUCCUAACAUUGAUAGACAAAUACAUCUUAAGGCACAAAAAUAUGUUCUGAAACCAGAAUUUGAGCAGUGCAGAGGCUGUGUGUGCUGGAAGAGUCUGGAAUCAGUUAAGGGCAAGUAACAAGAUACACAGCUUCUAAUGUGUGGCAAAGGGAGAGUCAUUCAGGACAGUGCAAGUCAAUGGAUGUCAUGCCUGUUCCAUUCCUUGAACUGUUUGGAUUAGGCUCAGGUUAGCAGCAAUCAGUCUCUCAUAUGUAAAAAUUGGGGUUAAUAGACAGUUGUAAAAUCACUGCUAGAGUUGUUACUCAUUGGUUUUAGUUCUCGCUUUUGAGAAGCGUGAGCCACUGUGGCUGAGAAUGCUUUUCUCAUCAGAGGCUUGGUUUGCCAAUGUACUGACCUGUUCCUCUUUCACUGUCAUAAUUUUCCUCUUCUGUAAUUUCAAAUGCAGUGGGAAGAAGAUGCUGUACCAGACUUUUCCUAUUUAACACCCUGAAUGCUGCCAGCUGUGAUGCUCUGCUGCUGUGGACACACAGGUUGCUCAUCUGCUGUGGGCUUUUAAGCUGCAUGUUUCCUAACCUUGCCUAGAUGUAAAACCACAAUGUGGUUUUCCAUUACAGACCCCUACAUUACAACAUCUGACUAAGCUUUCCAAAAGUCCCCUCUGUCCUCCUUACCCUUGCUGAAGGUGCUGCUGCCAUGACAGUCCCAGGGGACUGAAGUGUGCAGGGCACAGAGCAGGUGUGGUUGUGCACUGUAGCAAUAUCCUCUCUCCCCUUCUGUCCCACUGGGAGCUUCAACACAGUGGUGUGAUGUGGUGAAUGUAGGUUACCUGCACGUGAAAAAUGUAGUGUUUGAGUUAUACACCAACAUAAUUAACUGUGGUGCAGUUCCUCUGUGGAUACUCAUGGAGUAGUUCUGGUGCCAUUGAGGAAGGGCCUGUUUGCAUUUGCAUUCUCCAGACUUACUGUGUGCAGGGGAACAAAAACAUUUGAGAACUGCUGAUGUGAAGGAGCAGGAGCGGGCAGCUUACAGCCUGCCCUUCAGAGAACCCAUAUUAAUUUAACUCUUGAAAAUAAUGGUUUGUGAGCCAAGUUAAAAUCAGUAAAAGGUUUGUCUGCAGAGGUGAGAUCUGUCUGCAAGAUUGGAAGUUCUGUCUGUAGUCAUCUGAUCUGACCUCUCCCUUGAAGCAGGCAGCAUGUGAGUGCUGAUUGUAGUGGUGGUUUCCUGAAGUGUGCUAAGAUCACUAGCUUCUUUCUCACAGGGCACUGAAGGAUCAUUAAAUGCUAAUGACUUCUGAUUACUGUUGACCUUAGUCAAUUUAGAAUUAGUGACCCAGAUAUGAAAACCACUGUAUCUCAUUACCAAUUUCCUGAGCUAUCUGAGCUUUCCUUUGUCAGUCAGUUUUGGUAAGAAGCACAGUAGAAUUAAAGUUGACCUUUGCCUUAGAAAAAGGUUUGAGUGCUUUCAGGUUUGCAAUAUCAUGUUUAUAAAUAAAUAAAUGGCAGCUACUAAGAAAGAAGUUAAUUUUUGACCCCACAGACUGUCAAGAGCAAAGCUCUACAUGAAAUGAAAUGGACAAGCUCUAGUAGCCACGAUGGGGAACAAAUGCAUAAUUUGUGUCUUUUAAAUUAGUAGCAAAACAGUUUAUCUCCUGUAACCUUGAACUGAAUUAUGAUUUUGUGGUUGCAGGUUUUCUUUUCACAGAGUUAAUUUAUAAUUCUUUGUUUUACUUUGAACUAUCAAGAAACAACUUAAUGCACAUAGAAGGCAUGGCUAAUUUUGCUCUGAGAUAUUUUCUUCCUGCAGCUCCCAAACUAUGAUAUUGGGGAGUAUCUCUUAGUAGGUUUGUCAAAUAAUAUAUUUUAUGUUGUAAUGAAGCAUUUGACAUUAUUUUUUACCAUAUGCCCAGAAGAGAAUGUCUGUGGGGUAAUUCACUGUAAUGGGAUCAGGUACAUUGUUCACUGCAGGUUGUCUAAAUGUAGGCCUUCCUUGCCACAGCUGUGGUUUAUAUGGACUGUCAUUCCUGCAGCAGGCAUGGUCUUCAAAUCAGAAUGACAACACAAGAAAAUCUUGAACUUUUUUUUCCUCACUCUGAUACAGUUUUUUGGUCCAUCAGGGAAGAAAACCUUUAACUUGAAAAGAAAAGACCCAGCAUAGCAAAAUGUUUGGGGCAUAAAUAUUAAGUUAUUCAACCUCUCACUGAAGUUAAAUUGCAGGCUUUAAGCAGCUAAGCAAGAAAGGUGACAGGAAAAAAUGAGAAUGGGGGAUGUUGCAGUUGAAGUAGGAACGGGCUCAUGGAAAGUAACUUGAAAUCCGUACAAAGAAAGUGCAAAUUUAUUUGCAAGUAAACAUACGAGUAGAUAUUAAUGUUGUAUGUUUUGUGUGAUUGCUUUGUCUCAAAAUAGAUAUUGCUUAAUGACAUAUUAAAAAUAUUUAAUGGAAAGGCUGCAUUGGUAGAGAGACUAAAACAAAUACCAUGGAUCAGCUGUAUGCUAGGAAAUACUACAGGAGUACAAAGCAGUUGUGAAUAUUCAUUCUUUAGAUUUCUAUUUUAUGUAAAUUGGUGUUUACCUUUUGACUAGGCUGCUGGGGACUUUCUGCUUUUGCUUUCUUUGAAGCAUUAAGGGCAUUUAAGAAGAAAAAGUAAAAGCUAUCUUAGUGGAUAAUGUUAUGCAAAGUAUUUAAAUCCUCAUAAGCACCAAGCAGUUAAGAAUAUUUGGUAACAAGUAUGUUGCUAAUGUAGCAUGAGUUCUAUAGAAAAAUACUACUUAAUUAUUUUUGACUUUGGUUUGAAGCUUCUAGUCUUGGUUCAAGAUGCAAUUCUACUCUGAUACUGUUCUACUCUUUCACAGCUCUUCACUAUUCUGGGAUGUAAUUGCUGUUUUUUAAGCAUCUGUUUUGGCUUCCUUGAGAGUGUUAACAAUUUUGCCCAUUUUUCUUCCUGCUUUUGGUUGCCUUUUUUUUUUUCUAUACAAGACCUGAGACAUCAUUGUCAGCUUUUCCAUGCAGCUGACAGAAGUAGAUGCCAUCUUGGUUUCUUCCAGUGCUGCCAAUAAGAAACUUAGGAGAGAGGAGAUUGAGAGUUUUUGUCCACUGCAAUGCAUUUUUUUUUACUUGAGGAAAUGAAGGGUAGAGCUAUCAGUGCCCUUUCCAAAUUUGUUUUUACAAACAGAAGGGUUGGAAUGGUGAUUGGGAAGGAUUCUUCCAAGUGAAUAAAUAAUUCAUAGACAGGUAAACAGAACAAGACACCACAGCUGUGUGGGUUUGGUUUAUUGAGGUUUUCUGUUGGUUUAGUUAGUUUUUGAACUUAUAUAUUCCAUCUUUAAAUGAGUGCUUGAAGUUAACUUAAAUUCAGUGAAAGCUAGCAGUGGACAGACAGGUAGAUUUGUUAAACAGUAACAUUGUGUGUUUAUUUUAGUUCAUCAGGAUGUGUCAUCUGAAAUUUGUUUCCUUGUAGGGGGAUAUUCAGGAUUUAAACAAUAUAGGCAUAGUAACUGCCAAAGAAGACAUUUGGCAAUUUUACAGAAAAAGAAAUGUGUGCCUUUCCUCAGUACUUACUAAGAAUUCUUUUAUUCAUGAUGUAAUAAACAAUUGGGAAUUUUAAUGAAAGCUUGUUUUUUAUAGAAAUUGUGUAGCUCAUGUUGCUACAUGAGGAACAAGCCUGUAAAUGAGAGCUGUACAAAACCUCAGCUUAUUAGAAGGAGAAAAAAAACAAAACAAAACUCUUUGGUAUCCUUGCUAUUGCACAGGAGAAACUGAUGAAGUAUGAGGAAGAAUACUCCCAGCAGGUCUGGAAAUGAAACUGAUUUCCCUAUUGGAAGUUACCUUUAGAAAGGCAUAAUUAUAGUAGUAACAUGCUAUUAAAAGUUGUACCAAGAGCUGGGCUGUACUGUGACUCCUCUGCCUCACAAGGUAUAUUAUGUUCUUAAGGGAUAAAUAAGCUGGGAUGGCAGGUGUGUUGCACACACUUGGGUUUGAACAGCAAAUGUUUGGUCAGGAACUGAUUCCAAGGGCUCCUAACCUGCUCCUAAUAUUUUGAAAGGGGCAUGUAACUUGCUGUGUAGUAUCUCAGACUGGGAAUAUAGUCUUUUGCUUAAUUCUUCUGGCAUUUUGAAUAUCCAUUAGGCCAGUGUAAAGAUUUAAGCAUGGAAUUUCCUAUACCCUUUAACUUGAAAUAUUUCUGGUCUGACUACUUUGCUUGUAAAAUAAAAAUUAAUGUGCCUUUGAAAGACUGUAUUUUCCUUUUUCUCAGUUAUAUAUAUCAAGUUUAGUUCUGUUAAAUAUAUAAUUAAUGAAGAAAAAUGAGACUUGCUGAAGAAGAUUAGGAGCACAUUGUAAUAAGAUUUCAGAAAUGGAUAGAUCUGUGGGUCAGAGAAGGUGACCUUCCUUGAUCCUCUUGUUGGAGACAGACUGAUCUAAACUGGGAGUUUUGACUGGUCUUUCAACAGGCAGCAGUACAUGGGCUGUUUUUACUGACUGCCAGUGCAUUGAGUUCUAAAUUUAUUAACAGUAUUUGUAUAGUAAAACAACAAAACACCGUUGUAUGAAAGGAAAUGGGAGCUGCUGCCAAAACAGAAAGAACAGGGAGUGAGAAUUGUCACAGCAUAUGCCACAGCACAUGCUGCAGUCCAGAUAGCCAUGAUACACAGAGUAUCACCAUGCAAUAUCAGAAGGCUUUAACCCAUACAGAGUGACACCAGACCACUUCAGAAGGCUUCAGGGAUCAGCCCUUUAGUCCAACCUUUUAUACCCUCAUGUUCUUGCACUGCACCUGUGUGCCCUGUGUUCCCUUUGGUGGCUGGUCAGUGCACCUGGGCACUCCGUGGCUCAUUGCUGUCAGUGCUGCUCACCUCUUUUCACAGCUGUACCCAUUGGGGCUCAACUCCAUCCCCAUUCCCAAUUACCACAAACCCUGUACCUACAGAGACUAGCACAAUCAUUCUUUGGUUUCUUUUUUUUUUUUUCCUCUUUCACAUCCAUCUAAUGAGUGGUUUAUGAGACUUAGUUCCUGGGGUGAUGAAGUGCAGUGGAAGGUGGCAUGAACCUGUAAGAGCUUUGUAGUUUUUCAUAGGAGUUCUAUGAAAAUCUAAAUCUGUUUAGGUUCUGUUCUGGAAUCUGUGCUAUUUUCUAGUUAGAGCAGACCAGGUUUUGGCAGCUGGCUUAAGAGCAGGCAAAGAUGACUUUUUAUUUACUGGGCCAGAUUUUUUAUCCUGUUGUGCAGAUACUUCUUGUCUGCUGGGGUCUGACUUCUGAGUUCAGAACAUGCUUCAGCUGCAGCUUCUCUCUCCUUUUCCUUUUCCUUUCCCAGAAAGCACAAAGAGCUGUGCAUGUGUGGUGUGCUCCAGAACUCAAAGGUUGGUGGAUUCCUGUGGAUUCACAUUUACAAUCUGUCUUUCCCACUUGGAGUUAACUGGUCAGUCUGUCCCUCAUUCUCUUUAUCUGCAGGAGUCUCCCAGUGACCUUAUCUGGUGUGUGUGUAAAAUCUUUGGAUUUGUCGUGGUCAUUGGUUUGAAGAAAUGUGCAGAGACCUUGAUUUUUAUAUACUUUGGGAGUCUAUAAAAUGGAUUUGUGGAAUGACAAUCAAAUCUCCCAACCCCUGCUGUCUUUUGCCUUCUGCCAACUGCAAUGCUGAGAGCCAGAUUUUCUGGAGUCUGUGGUUUUCUGUAUCUUUAAGAGGUUUUAUAAAGAUUUCUUCCUUUUGAAAUGUUUGUCCUGUGCAGUGGCAAAAGGGUUAUUGCUUUAUUUGGAAGGGCUGGAAAUUUACAUAAGGAGAGAAAAAAAACUUACACAAACUCAACAAACUCAAAUUCUCUGCUGGGAAUACCUGCUGUGUUCCUCUGAAAAACUCAGCUGUGAGCAGUUAUAAGAUUCCAUCUGUGAGACGGUCAAGAACAGGUCUAAGAAGAGCUCUAAGAAAGGAAAUAGCAGCAGCAGUAGCAACAGCAAAUUGCCUCCAGUUUGCUAUGAAAUCAUUACCUUGAAGACCAAAAAGAAGAAGAAGAUGGCUGCUGAUAUUUUUCCCCGAAAGAAACCAGCUAAUACUAAUACAACUGCUGUCCAGCAGUACCAUCAGCAAAAUCUCAAUAACAACAACACUAUUCCUGCACCUAAUUGGCAAGGACUUUAUCCAACCAUCAGAGAGAGAAAUGCAGUGAUGUUCAACAAUGACUUGAUGGCAGAUGUUCAUUUUGUGGUCGGGCCACCAGGUGGGACCCAGCGGCUGCCAGGACACAAAUAUGUCCUGGCUGUUGGGAGCUCUGUAUUCCAUGCAAUGUUUUACGGAGAGCUUGCUGAGGACAAAGAUGAAAUCCGUAUACCAGAUGUUGAGCCUGCUGCUUUUCUUGCAAUGCUGAAGUACAUCUAUUGUGAUGAGAUCGAUUUGGCCGCAGACACUGUCCUGGCCACUCUUUAUGCUGCCAAGAAGUACAUUGUCCCUCACCUGGCCCGUGCCUGCGUUAACUUUCUUGAGACAAGUCUGAGUGCAAAGAAUGCCUGCGUGCUGCUCUCCCAGAGCUGCUUAUUCGAGGAACCUGACCUGACCCAGCGCUGCUGGGAAGUGAUUGAUGCCCAGGCUGAGCUCGCUUUGAAGUCUGAGGGCUUCUGUGACAUUGAUUUUCAGACACUUGAAAGCAUUCUCCGAAGGGAGACUCUGAAUGCCAAAGAAAUUGUUGUUUUUGAGGCAGCUCUGAACUGGGCUGAAGUGGAGUGCCAGCGCCAAGAGCUGACGGCCACCAUAGAGAACAAGCGCAAGGUGCUGGGCAAGGCUCUCUACCUGAUCCGCAUCCCCACCAUGGCCCUCGACGACUUCGCCAACGGCGCCGCCCAGUCCGGGAUCCUGACUCUCAACGAAACCAACGACAUCUUCCUCUGGUACACGGCUGCCAAGAAGCCAGAGCUGCAGUUUGUCAGCAAGCCCCGCAAAGGCCUCGUCCCUCAGCGCUGCCACCGCUUCCAGUCCUGCGCUUACCGCAGCAACCAGUGGCGCUACCGGGGCCGCUGUGACAGCAUCCAGUUUGCUGUUGAUAAGAGAGUGUUUAUUGCUGGCUUUGGGCUCUAUGGCUCCAGCUGUGGGUCGGCAGAGUACAGUGCUAAGAUUGAACUGAAGCGACAAGGAGUUAUCCUGGGCCAGAACUUGAGUAAAUACUUCUCGGAUGGUUCUAGUAACACUUUUCCCGUGUGGUUUGAGUAUCCAGUGCAGAUUGAGCCCGACACCUUUUACACAGCGAGUGUGAUACUGGAUGGUAACGAACUCAGCUAUUUUGGACAAGAAGGAAUGACAGAAGUUCAGUGUGGGAAGGUGACUGUUCAGUUUCAGUGCUCCUCGGACAGUACAAAUGGCACAGGGGUACAGGGAGGACAAAUUCCCGAACUCAUAUUUUACGCUUGAAUGGGAGUGUGUGGAUACAAAGCAUUUUGCUAUCAAGAACCUGUCUGGUUCAGGCCUACUGAUUCUUAGCUUUUUAUCUGCAGAUAUGUGAUCAGUACAGGGAAUAUGUAACUAAAUCCUGUGGGCAAGUUCCUGGCUUGCUGUACUUGUAGCAUCAUUGGUGAUUAAGUGUAAUAUGUAAACUGGAAGCUCUUAGAAACAAGCAAGUUUUAAAGGCUUUGUAAGGGGGGUGCCUGUUUGCUGGUGAUGCUGACCCUUUCUUUGAUGCACCAGUGAAUCACCUCUCUCUUGAAUCUCACUAAACACUGUCUUCAUUGAUCCAUUUUUUCUUUCUCCAUUUUCUGCUUUCUGCUUGUAUUGGGGAGGUAGGAAUAGAAAACAAAGUCUUGUUUUAUAGCUCUCUCUGCUGUCUGCUCUGCAGACUUUGGAGAUUCCGGUAAACCAAGCUGCUUUUGACCAUGGGGGCUGGAAGAAGUCCUUCAGUUAUAAGCAGAAAAAGCACAAGUUUAAACCUUCAUCCUGCUAGAUUCUCCUGUAGCCAGCUGUUUGGGAUGGCUCCAGGAAGAGAUGGGAAGAAGGAAGCCUCUUUCAGGAAACUCCACGGCAUACCGGCCAUAUCCCCAGUGCAUGGACAUGUUCACAGUGAGGAAGGGAUGUGGGCUUGGCAAGUUACCCUUGGAGUUAAUUUUCUAGGAAUCCCACCUUGCAGGCAAGGAAGUACUUGCAUGUAUUCAAAUUGUGUAUGCAGCUCUUGAAACUCUACUCCUAUGACCCAGGUUUUGCUACAUUAGAGUUGAUCUGCUCUUUAAAUGGCAUUUCUUUGAACCCUUGCUAAAUAAAUGGGAAUUUAUAUCAAUCAUCUGAUGCAGGAUAAUUUUUUCUUUGUUCUGGGUGGGUUUUUUCUUCUUCCUAAACAUGGUAGAGGCAGAUUUUAGAGGAACAAAAGAAUGUAUCAAUCUUGACUUGGAUUUUUUUCUGUAAUAUGAGAUUUUGUUUUUCUUCUUUUUAUUACCAGUUGAAAUUUAGACAAAAACAGAAGGUUCCCAACUGUGGUCAUGUUACACUUAGUGUAUACCAUCUGAUAGCAGUGAAGGGGAGGAAGUCUCCCCUAAUGGGUUAUUGUUGGAGCUCUUGCAAUUGCUUCUGCCUACACAUCAAUCAGAGGAUUAUGUGGUCCAGAACCUUUUUAUUUGCCUGGGUUUUUUUCUCCCAGGAAGUUACUUGUCCAUAUAAUUUUUGCAAAAGUAUGCGGGAUACUCCUUGUAUCAGGGGAAGAAACCAGUAUAAAUAAGAAUUCCAGGUAUAGAAACAUGAGAACAUCCUUCAUCACUGCACUGGGACAGGUGUUCCUCAAAGGCUGCACUGCCCAUUGUAAAGCAUCCUGCUUCACCUCUGAAAUGGGUUCUGUUUGUUGUGUACCUUUUACAAAAUGAGAGGACCAAAUGAUUCUUUAGACCUGCUGAAGAAUAAUGUUACAGUAUAUCCACACAUUAAUGUAGCAUAACCCUAAAUUCACCUGUCAGUUCUGUCAUAAAAAUGUUUUUCUCAUCUUAUUUUACCAGUUAAAUGCUGUUACUCUAAGUGUUGCUUGAUGGUCGGAGUCCUGGCCCAUGGCCAUUGGAAAGUGCCAAAAUACAUCUUUGCAGUGUCCAAAAUACCAUCUGAAGUAAGGAGAAGUGGAGUGUAGUCAAAGCCCAGAUCUUCUCUCUAGGUAAUAAAAGGAGAGCCAGGUAAAAAAAGUACUCCACAGGAUUUAUGCCUUUCAUCCUUCUUAACGUUUAAUGUUUUGUAUACAUGCAUACAUGUGUGUGUAAGCAGCUCUCUUUCUGAAAUGUAAAUACCCUCAAAAUACAUAGAAAAAUGUUUUGUUUUUUGUAACAGAUGUACAUAAUCCAGACUGUUUGUGAAAUCUAAACAGAAUGCUCCAUGGAAAACUCCCAGGGAGAGAUUUAUAAAAACCUCCAGUUAUUUAUAUUUAGAUCUACAACUGAAAAUAGACAAGAGUAUAAAUGGUAUGGAGUGGAGAAAGAGUUGCUGAAGAGAUCAUAGAAAGGAAUCUGAGAUUGUGAUGAGGUAACGGUCAUCUACUUUUAGACAACAUCUGAGCAGCAGUUCCAUUUAUUUAGAUACAUUUCAAAGCAGAGAAAGAUGCUAAUCAGCUGAUUAAAUUUUUGUACAGCAAGUGGCUGAUGCAGAUGUAAUUACUCCGAGUGAUAAGCAGAUUGACAGGUUGUGGUAGCGAGAUGCAUUCUGAUUUGUUUGGUAAAAAAAAUAUGUGCCACAGCUGGUGGGACAAGUCAGUACUGCAUUGCUUUAACUAGUCCUGGGUUCUCACCUAGAAUUUAUUAUUUGUUUUGACUUACCUGCUAAUACAGGUGACAUAUCUGCUAUGUUCACUGGCUGGAAGAGAAGUUCAGAGAUCAGAACACUCUGUAGCUGUAAUGUGUAGAAAAUGAGCUCUUAUUUAAUUAUUGUUCUUAUUUGAUUCUUUUAUGAAGUCUUUUUGACGAAGUAGGGUGAAAGCAACCUCUAGCUUAAUUCCUCUGAGUCCAUUCUGGAUUUUGGGAGCUGGUGCAGGGAAAGGUUUUGAGUGUGGGUGAUCAGACAAAGGCACCCAAAACACCUUUUGAUGCUCACAGCAUAACUUGCUUCUGAGCACUUUGUGAUGCUAACAAGUACUGGGAUGUAAGAAGGUGGCCAGUGCCACUCACAUUGGGACAUCAGGGCACUUCAGUCAGUAGGUGUCUGACUCUGGAUUUGGUUGGUUUAGCAGAAGCACCCAAGCUUGAGUACAUUGACUGACAUCUUGCAAGCAUCAGCCAUAUCAGCCUGGAAUAUAAACCUGCUGUGGAUAGAGAUCACCUCGCAGAUUCUGUCUAAACUGUUCCUGGCUCUUGCUACUUGUAUCUUUGAUUUGCUGGUGAGAGGAAUCUGUGAUAAGAGAGUAUAAUGUAAUAUACUUUCUGCAUAUCUAAAAUAGUAUUUAAGUAAACACUUUAAAUUCUACACUCUUAUUGCACUGAACUGUUUUGGGUUUUGUUUUUUGUUGUGAUAAACUCGGCUCACUUCAGGUCCCAGCACCCAUUUGUGCUGAAGCAUUGUUUGACCUUAGCAGGCUUACAGCAUUAUUUAUAAAGGACAGAUAUAUAUAAAUAUAUAAAGUACCUCAUGUUGAAUGUUAUUGUACUGUAUCUUUAAUGUCACAGUGCAGAUCUUGUUGGACUCAUGAAUGUGUAUAAUCACGUUAAACAUAAAAAUAAAAAUGAUUCUUAAA